CGGCAGCAGCCAACAGCAGCAGCAACAGCAGCACCCCAGGAGGAGGCUGAGGCAGAAGCGCUCCCGGCCAGCUCCCUCUAACAACGCCGCCGCCGCCCCCUCAACCCCGCCCCCUCCCCCCAGGACUCCCAGACAUGAACGCCACUGCGAGAAGUCUCCUUCUCUCCCUCUCCAUCCUGCUCCUCUGGAAGCUGGAUCGGUUCAGCGAAGCCUGUAGCUGCUCCCCGGUGCAUCCGCAACAGGCGUUUUGCAAUGCAGAUGUAGUGAUCAGAGCCAAAGCUGUCAGUGGGAAAGAAGUGGACUCUGGAAAUGAUAUUUAUGGAAAUCCCAUCAAAAGGAUUCAAUAUGAGAUCAAACAGAUAAAGAUGUUUAAAGGACCUGACAAGGAUAUCGAGUUCAUUUAUACUGCUCCAUCCUCAGCAGUCUGUGGAGUCUCACUGGACACUGGAGGAAAAAAGGAGUAUCUCAUUGCAGGAAAAUCAGAAGGAAAUGGCAAAAUGCAUGUUACUCUCUGUGACUUCAUCGAGCCCUGGGAUACCCUGAGUACCACACAGAAGAAGAGUCUAAAUCAGCGAUACCAGAUGGGUUGUGAAUGCAAGAUUUCUCGAUGCCCCAUGAUCCCAUGUUAUGUAUCUUCACCAGAUGAGUGCCUGUGGAUGGACUGGGUCACAGAGAAGAUCAUUUAUGGGCAUCAGGCAAAGUAUUUUGCCUGUAUCAAGAGGAGUGAUGGCUCCUGUGCGUGGUACCGUGGGGCAGCACCACCCAAGCAGGAGUUUCUUGAUAUUGAGGACCCAUAACUGGACUGGCAGAACCCUAACAGCCAAUAGAAAAGCCUCCAAGAGUUUAGACAGGUCCAACUCUGACAUUACUUCCAAGAAACAGCAUGAAAAUAUAAUCAUCCAAUUGUGUCAAAAUUAGGUGUGAUUUUUAUUUUCCUUUUUUUUUUUUUUCAAACAUGAUGCUACAUCUCUAGGGAAAGGGAGAAGGAGGGCACAGAGUUCCCAUCCUAUCUAGACUCAGGCUAAGUGCUGUAUUUUUCAGUUCUCAUUCCUCAGAAUGAUAACCACCAGGAAAUUCCCUGGAAAUCUCUACCCCACCAGCACCCCUAUUUUGGAAUGUUGCAUUUAGCAAAAAACCAAUGAGGUUCAUUGCAAGAUUCUGUGUAGCAGGCCUACCAGGUAUCUCUCAUCUUGAGUAGCAUGUCCCUCAUUUCAUAAAGCUUCCUUCCCCCCUGUUCUCACUUUGUCAGUCCCUACCUUUCCCAAAAGCCCUUCCUUUUCUUCCUCCCCACCACCAUUUCCCUGUGUCUGUGCCUUUCACAGGUUCUCAGAAUCUCAUGUCUCAGUGAGUGUCCAUGAAAUGCCAUUUGUACAACCAGCACCCAGACUUCUUGGUUUUGAAGGCACCUAAAACUUAGCACUCAACAGAAUGGAGCCCCAGGGACCCUGGAAAUAUGCAGAGGCAACAAAAUUUCCAGCUGAACACAGUUUUCAGCUUUAGUCUGUCUCCCACAGUGGGAAUCUGUUGGAUUCUACUCUGAACAUCAAAGACUUAUGAGGGAAGCGAAAUGAAGGAUGCUCUGGUCUAUAUACUUAGCUUUGAAUCCUGAGAGUUGCAUGGCAUGCCUUUGAAAAAGGCAUCUGCAGUAGUGCAGAUGACAUGGAUAUGUAGCAUUAGUGUUAAAGUUCCUCUAGACUCCCAAAGAGAUUGACAGUUGCCAUUUUGCUCUCAGGUUUCUGCAAAUGCUAUUUGGCUAGCAACAUAGUACUAUGGUUUCUUAUGUAGGGAGGAAAGGGAUUUUGGAGGUAAGAAGGUUAAAUGAAGCUCUUAUUUCUGCCUGGGUUUCUCUAGGACAUCAUGACCUGCUUUAGAGGCAUCUCAUCUCAAGAUUUAAUUCAUCAGUCCAAAUGCCAGGUAAACCACCAUCUGCUUAUAUUUUCCAUGUCAGAAACACAACAUAGUGAAGAAAAUCAGAUGACCCCAGAGCAGAAUACUAAAGAUCGUUCAUUGUCCCUAGUAAUUAAAAUAAAGAUAGGCAAAUAUCUUUACUGAUAGUAAAAGGGAGUUAGUCAUCUCCUUUUUGCCUCUGUUGUAAAAGUGACCUACUUCCAGAAGACAGACAGACAGACAGACAGACAGACAGACACACACACACACACACACACACACACACACACACACACACAGAAAUUGUAAUUAAAUUAAAAUCUGGCAGCCUAUGAGUGAUCUUUCUUCUGUGAAACUACUUCACCAAACUGUCCAUCAUUUGAGCCUAUUCUGCAGUAACUCCAAAACAAUUAGUGACCCCCAAGUGUCAUGGAGCCUCUUUUGCCUGGGAUCCAGUCAGCAUAGGCCUUGAUAAUUUACCUUUCUAGGGCAAAUUAUUAAGAGAACAUCCAGAAAUAAUCCCCUGCAGAUCUGCUUUGGGGAUAUUUUCAUGCUCUUUGUCAGUAGAAGAUUUUCAAGAUGUCACAUUGGACCAAUGGAAGUGAUUUCACUCUAGUCAAGCCAAUGUAACAUUCCCCAUUUGCUUACUUUGUGAUGAAAUCAUAAGCGACAUGUGACAUUUACUUUUUUCUCUGAUUUCCCUUUCCUUUUAGUGUUUAUGGUUGUUUUGGGCAUCGGUUAUAUCAUUACUGUGCUGUGUUUCCACCUCCUAACCACCUCCAACCCCGUUGUUAGGUGUUAGAAUUGCACUUUCUUUUAAAAGGUUUCUAUAAUGGAAGCAUUUGACACAGAGUGGAAAGAGUGUCAAGUUAGCCUAUGAAGAUAGAUUCCUCUGGACCUUUUCUUUAGCUGUUUAAUUGCCUUUGCUUCUUUCCUUUCCCCUCUUUUUAUACCUUCUUGUUCAAAUUCCUGCAAAGUCAACAGGUCUUUGAGAAAGUUGUCUUGGGGGGACAGGCUAUAUAUAAAUAAAUAUAUAUAUAUACAUAUAUAUAUAUUUUUUAUUCCUUGCUAGUUAGUCUUCUUUCCUUUCUUAAUAGGAAAGAAAAAAAAAUUCCAGUUGCAGGUGAGAUAAGGAGCCCUUCCAGUAGCUUUACAAUAAAUGUUAUCACAUAUAUAUACAUACAUACAUACAUAUAUAUAUGUGUGUAUAUAUUGUUUAUGAAGGAUCUUCAUUUGGCAUUGCUUUAAUUUAUAUGUUACACAAUCUAAGCACUGUUCUUUUUACCCUUCCUCCAUGCUCUUCUUUGUGCAAGCAACUCAAAAUAUUUUUAAAGAAAGUUUACAUUAUAGUUAUUUUCAAAUCUUUGCUUAUAAGUAUUAAGAAAUAUCUAAAUGGCUGCCAUAAUUUAAAGCUUUGGGGGUUUUUGUUUUGUUUUGUUUGGAUCUUUUUGGGGCAAUAUGUUUUUGCUGGAAUAUGAAGUCUGAAACCUUCUUGUGCUGGGAACACAUGAAAGUUGUUGAAAAAUGACAAGCAGUCUGUGCAUGUCUCUGACGCUUUGUAUCAUUCUUAAGUGAACAUUCAGUCAUUGGACAAUAAACAGUAUUAUCAAAUAAAA